CUUCUGUCAGGUGGCACGCUUCUAAUUAAAUGGCGCUGAGUUUGCAAGCGUCGUGCGAGAAUAAAAAAGAUAACUAAAUGUCCAGUGAUACGUAUUAUAGUGGUGAGGAGGAGGAUGAUGUGGUGAACAACACGAGUUCGGGGCGCUCCAGUCGCUCCUCCGGUCUUCAGAACCGUCUUAGCAACGCCACUGGACAGUCUGGCGUUGUAAUAGAUGAGACGGGCUCGGAGGAUGGGGAUUCGGUGGAGGAGUCGUCGCACAACGAGGAGGAGGAGUCCGACGUGGAAGUGCGCCAGCCUGUAAAGAACCGUCUGCGUGUGCCGCGCAUAGUCUCCGAGAGUGAAGAUGAUGAGAUAGACCAACGUGCAUUAUCACCCUGCACGCGCAUGAGCAUCACCGGGGUGCGUCCCCAAGAUCUGAGUGACGGCGACAGCGAAAUAGAGUAUAGUAACGAGGGACAGAAGGCGGCCGGCAAUAAGGUUGAGCGCGAGGAGAUUGCCGCCGCUGGUUUCCGGCAAGCUGUGGACAUGCCACGCUAUACCUCUCAAUUCGCGGGAAACAUCAAGGAGGAUCUGCACUCAACCCUGUUUCAAGGCACAGAAGAUCCAGUGCCCCUGAACGAUUCUAGUGGCAGUGAUGUGCUCAUUCUCAGUAAUAAGGAGCCACUUAUAGAGAUAUCCAGCACAGAUGAUGAAGCCUCUAACAAGGAAAACGUUUCUGCCCCUUCUAUUAUGCGCCCAACCAGAUCUUACUCGCCUCGAAGCAGCGCUGGCGCUCCCACGGUCGCGAUGGGUAAGAACCUCAGCCAGCCGACGAUUCAGGCUUCUCUUAAGCAACACACUUCGCUUGGCUCCCAAAAAUCCCGUGUUAUGAGCAAUGACCAAAAUGUGAUCAGUCAGGAGAAAUACCAGGAAGAGCUGCUUAAGCUGGCUGAAUUACGUAGCCAGAAGAACGAUGCUGAGAAGCUGUAUGAAAAGGUGGCCAGCAGGCUGCCUGACAAUGGCAGCCAGAUAAAGAAGCGUAUCGAUGGUCUGCGUGGAGAGAUUGAAGUCAAAUUGCGUGCCAUAAACAGCAUGAAAGUAGAACCGGGCAAGGUUUCCGCCACGAAGGAUACGAAGCCGGUGUUCCCAGCCCCUAAUACCCCGAAAAGCGAGGCUGCUGAGUGGGAGGAGCUGUCUGCGGCAGUUAAUCAAAUUAAACCCGUUUAUACGGGUACUCAGGGAAUGGCUACGUUUAACAAUCAAAAAGCCCUAACGCUGGACUCACUAAAGGAUCUCCAUGACUCCUUGAAAGAUUGUCCAGGACCCGAUGUGCUAGCGGACGAUCCGAUUGGUCUGAAGGUAGAUCUAAUGGGUCAUCAGAAGCAUGCCUUGGCCUGGAUGUCGUGGCGUGAAAAACAGCAACCGCGAGGCGGGAUUUUGGCCGAUGACAUGGGCUUGGGCAAGACUCUGACCAUGAUCUCAUCCGUGCUAGCUUGCAAAAAUCGCCAGGAAAGCGGCACUGGCGGUGAUCAAGACAGUAGCGAUGAGGAAGACGAGAAAGGCAGCAAGCGGAAAAGCAUGGGUGGUUGGAACUCAAAGGGUCGCAAGGACACCCACAAAGGUGGCACACUGGUUGUGUGUCCGGCCAGCUUGCUACGGCAGUGGGAAAGCGAAGUGGAGUCCAAGGUUAAGCGUAAUAAGCUGACGGUUUGUGUUCAUCACGGCAACAAUCGAGAAACAAAAGGGAAGCACCUGCGCACCUAUGACAUCGUGGUGACCACCUACCAAAUUGUGGCCCGAGAACAUAAGGAAAUGAGUGCUGUGUUCCGGGUAAACUGGCGACGCAUCAUCCUGGAUGAGGCACAUGUGGUGCGUAACCACAAGUCGCAGUCCUCGAUUGCUGUAAGCGAUCUAAGGGGAAAAUUCCGCUGGGCCUUGACCGGCACUCCCAUUCAAAACAAGGAGCUCGAUGUGUAUGCGCUGUUAAAGUUCCUGCGCUGCUCCCCCUUCGACGAUCUGAAUACCUGGAAGAAGUGGAUCGAUAACAAGAGUGCCGGCGGACAGAACCGGCUAAAUCUGUUGAUGAAAUCACUCAUGCUGAGACGCACCAAGGCGCAGCUGCAAUUGGAGGGAAAGCUGAAUAGCCUUCCCGAGAAGGAGACUCGUCUAAUGGAGAUCACUCUGGACACUGACGAGAUGAAUGUGUAUCAAAUGGUGAUGACGUACUCGAGAAACCUGUUCGCCCAGUUUCUCUUUCAGCGCGCCGAAAAGGACUCGGAUGCCAACUUUAUAACCGAUGCCAAUAGACCCACAUAUAACCAGAUUAAAGAUCCCAAUGGGGCUUACUACAAAAUGCACCAGAAAUUCUCCAGAAUGGCUGGCGGCAAUAGGGAAGUCAAGUCCCAUGAAAUUUUGGUGCUGCUACUGCGCCUACGUCAGAUUUGUUGCCAUCCCGGAUUGAUUGAUGCGAUGCUUGAAGGAGAAGAGGCUGUCCAUGGUCAUGACAGCAGCGACAGUGACUCGCCGGAACUCGAUUUGUUGGCACAACUGAAUAAAUUGGCCAUUACGGACACAUCGCAAUCCAGCGGGCACGACGAUGGCGAAAAUGAGCUUCCGCUACGGGGAGAAGAGGCACGCUUUGCCAAGGCCUCCAAGAGUGUGAUGAAACGCAGCAAUCCUGUGUUUAAUCUGACGCGUCCCUCAUCGAAAAUGAUCAAAGUGAUGGACAUUCUCAAGAAUACCAUACUGAAGAGCAGGGACGACAAAGCAAUCCUAGUAUCGCAAUGGACAUCGAUGUUGGAUAUAUUGCGCGGUCAUUUAGACAAGGCCGGAAUGCAAACACUAUCGCUAAAUGGAACCGUUCCGGUGAAGAAUAGACAGGACAUAGUAAAUCAAUUCAAUGAUCCGAACAAUAAUAAGCGUGUCCUAUUGCUCUCCCUCACUGCUGGCGGUGUGGGGUUAAAUCUCAUAGGUGCCAAUCACCUUUUACUACUCGACCUGCAUUGGAAUCCGCAGCUGGAGGCUCAAGCACAGGAUCGCGUUUAUCGUGUUGGCCAAAAGAAGAAUGUGAUUAUCUACAAAUUCAUGUGCGCAGACACUGUUGAGCAAAGGAUUAAGGCACUGCAAGAUAAGAAAUUGGAAUUGGCCAACGGCGUUCUAACGGGCUCCACUGUGAGUUCCAAGCUCACAAUCGAUGACCUCAAGGGUUUGUUUGGAUUAUAGGACGCUGUAGAAAUGUAAAAUACUUCCUAAUCGUCGCAGGUUCAGCUUUAAGUAGGAACACCUGUUUAUAUUUAUUUACAGCGAAUUAUUUAUUAAUAUAAUUAUAAUUGUUGUAUCUUCUUUUAUCCUUUGUUUUGAAGCAUUUUUAUGAAAAUUAACUAGGAUGCCAUUUAAGUUGUUUAGUGUUUUACAGUGAGUUUCGUUUAAAUUCAAAUGUGUUUCUACUAAGUUGUAAUAAUAUCCUUAUUCUAGUAUUUCGCUUUGUUUAUUUCAAGCGGACACAAAUAAAUUCCACUACAAAUUGAA